ACGAGCCUUGUUUUGCAUUUCGUCAUCGCGUCGCUGAUUCAUUUGUUGGCGGGUUGGAUUUUUAUUUCAUUUUUUCAUUAUAUUCCAAUAAAAACCCAACAGGUGCAUUAAAAAUGACAAACGGAAGACUUUAUUGACAAGGCAGUGCCUUUAAAGGUUUAAAUGAUGGAUCAGAGCCGCAAGCGGAGGUUAAACACCAAGAGAUCUGGACUCUCUCAUUGUAAAGUACAGAGAGCCGAAGAGCCAGAAGACAGCAGACCUGACAGUAAAGGAUCAAACAGGCGCUUCACUAAGAUCAGAGCCUCCAGUCCUCAGUUUGACACUGCUUGUUAUAACAGUCAAGAACAACACGCUGGAUGUUCCCAUACAUCUGAAGAUGAUGCUGAUAGGACUUUGGUCAUCACAUUUGAUAAGGAACAGGGUGUAACUCGACCGGUGGGGAGAAGGAAAGGCUCAAAGAGAAAGAAAGAAGCAGCGGGUCAAAUAGACCCUCAACAGGAGACAGGUGAAGAUGAAAUCCAGCCAGAGGUGGAGAUCGAUCCCGAUCUGGACAGGGAACUGGAAAAUAAAUCUCGACAACAUAACUUGACCUCCGCCAAUGUUCGUAGCAUCAUUCAUGAAGUCAUUACCAAUGAGCACGUUGUUGCCAUGAUGAAAGCUGCCAUCAAUGAAUUGGAGCCCGUUCCUGUUUUUGAACCCAAGAUGACUCGCUCCAAACUCAAAGAAGUUGUGGAGAAAGGAGUUGUCAUUCCUGCAUGGAACAUUUCGCCGAUCAAGAAGCCGACCAGGAAGAAGGGACCCCAGUUUGUAGAUAUUCCUUUAGAGGAGGAAGACUCCUCAGAUGAAGAGUAUCGGCCCGAUGAAGAGGAGGAAGAUGAGACGGCUGAGGAGACUCUUCCGGAAAGUGAUUUGGAGAGUUCGGUGUCUUCUCCACGAGGCAAUCGAGUAAAACUUUACAGAUCACAAUCUGAACAUGAGGAUGAUAGUAGUUCCAGAACGAGUCGUCGCAGAUCCAGGCACCUGACAGUGGAUGUUGCCCCAAUGGGUCCCCCACCACCCCCUCCGGCUCCAUCUGGAGCACCGGAUUGCAGCUUCCUGGAGAAACUUCAUGCCGUAGAUGAGGAGCUGGCCAUUGGCCCCCAAUGCAUGGAACCGUAUCAGAGUCUUAGUAGCACUAACGCAGAUGAGAGCGUGAUUUCGUUUCGAACCCGAUCAAAACGUCCCUUGAGGGAUGUUCCUCUGGGACGUCUGGAGGCGGAGUUACACGCUCCUGACAUCACUCCAGACAUGUACGGCUCCGCCCCCGAAGAUCGGGAAUGGACACAGUGGCUGCAAGGCCUCAUGACUUCAGAUAUGGAGAACGAUGAGGAGGGUGAUGAUGAAGAUGACCCAGAGUAUAAUUUCCUGGCAGACAUUGAUGAGCCGGAUGUGGAGGACUAUAGAAAUGACAAGGCAGUGCGCAUCACCAAGAAAGAAGUGAAUGCCUUGAUGGAGGAGCUGUUUGAUGCUUUUCAGGAUGAAUUGGGUGGUCAGGAUGAAGAAGAAGAGGAGAAAGAGGAAGAGGAGAUCUCUGCGCAGGAGCCGCCUGCCAUUCUAGACAAUAUUCAAUGUGUAGAGGACCCAAUGGCAGAUGUCUUGAAGCAACGCUAUCGAACGGUCCGAGAGCAGCUGGCGGCUCUGAGGAAACGUAAGGCUCUGCUGGAAAGCAAAGGCGUGCCUGUUCCCCCGCCCUGCCCUCGAAAUCCGUCCAGCGCCUUAACUCCCAUGAACCUCAGCAGGGCUCAGAAACUCCAGCUGCAGCAGCAGAUCCAGCAGCAUGUGCAGCUCCUUACGCAGGUGAACAUGUUGAGCACUUCAGUCAAGGGUCUGGAGGCCGAGGCUUCAACAAGCAAACAGUUUUUGUUGGAAAUGCAGAUGUUUGCUCAGCAUGAAGAGCACAUGCGUGGUUCAAUAGAGCCAGGCUUCACCAGCAUCUUCAGAGCCUGUAACCUUCAGGGUGCUCUUUCCCUGCUGGAGGAACUAACGCUAUCACCUACACUUCACACUUUAUGCUUCCCUGGAUCUCAGUUUCCAGCUCAUUUGGCCUGGAUGAUGGCAACGCGUUCAGUGUUUCUCUACCCAGAGCUGCUUCCUGUAGCCCAACUGCGUCCUUUUCGAUCCAAAGGCCCGUUCACGUCGGCGGAAGACUGUCUUUUGGUUCUAGGUCAUAAACACAUGAGAAGUACCCUACACCCGCUGCAGAUGACAUGCCGCUAUCUGCUGGCCGCUCGGAGCUUUCUCUAUGUGAAAACGCACAUCAAGGAUGCGUGUCAAAAGCCUUUUCAUAAUGUCAUUAAGACGUACUUCCUGGAGGGAAGGUGUCCUCCGAUGCCUUUGGCCUGUAAAAGAGUCAGUCCUUGUGACCAGCGUCCACCAGUGGAGAGAGAACGGAGCCUUAUGCCUCAUUGGCUCUUGAAAAACCUUAAGCUCAUUUGCGAGCAUGCAAGAACGCUAACCGUUCCAUCUGGUGACUCUCCGUCCCAAACUACCAAACUUCCAGAAAGCACUACUUCUUCAACAAUAGACAAUGUCUGUCUGAGUGCCUUACCAGGACCACAGCGUAGAUUUCCUCCCAACCUUCCUGAAGACCUGGCUGAGACGCUUAAAAAUGUAAGGGGCGGAAAAAAGAAAAAGGCUGAUCAAAAGCCCUCAAAACCUGUGCUAUCUACCGAGGAAAAGGAAAUUCUUAAUCAAAUGCCAGCUAUCUUACCGAAAGCAUCCACAGUCCCUAGUCCUUCCCUUUAUCAACCCCCUCAUCUCCCACAAGGUGUGAACCCAGAAAUGCAAGCAGAUUCAUUGAGUCCAGAACUAAAUCCUUGUCAAUCUGUUGCUAUGAAUUGUCCAGUUAAAACUCCAAUAAAUGCCGCAAAGCCUCUGGUGGGACAAAAUCAAGGAGUAACCCAUGGGAAAGAAUUUAUUACCCUACCUUCACAUCCUGGACCAGUGGUUGCUCCUAAUGUUUUAGCACCAAACCAAGGUGGACUCAUUAUUACUCUUCCCCUACCCCAUGAUCCUUUCAUCUGUCCCACCCCUAUUAUUAUAAAACCCCUAGCUGGUGUCCCACUGAAUACAAGUCAGAGCUAUGGCGCUCUGCUUAAACUUAUACCGAAGUCCAGUGGUGGUCUGGAUGCUCCUCAAUCAGUAUCUCAGAAACAUUUUAAAAAACGUCGUCUUCUACCGUCUGGCAAUGUGUUUGCAAGCAAGAGUCAGACGUCUAAACCUGGACCAAUCUUUAAACGGGCUCCAAAUAGGACAAGGAUGAAACGGAUCAUGAAGAAGAGAACCCCCGUCAACACCGCAUGUGGCCCAUCAGUGAUUCAAGAGACCAUUAUUGACUCCACACAAGAAACUGCAGAGGAAGAGUGUGACUCAAGAGACCUGUUUCUCACACUUUCUGAAUCCUCUGGGAGCCCAGAACCUAACAUCAAAGAAGACAACAAUGACUUGGAGAUGGGUGAAGAUAAACUAGAAGAGCAGGAAGCAACAAAAAAAGCAGACUCAUCUAGGCAGACAUUGGAGAAGGAACCAGAUGGCGUUUCAAAAGUUAAGGAAACUACGGAUGACUUGUCACAGCUGGACACAAAGACACAAUCUGAAAAGGAACCAAAUUCAGAAAGCCAUCAAUCUUUAGGUGGGCACCAUGGUUGUGUUGGUACGGAGACGUCCUCUGUCCUUUACAAUGACACACUGGAUGAUGAUCCUCACAGAGACGCUAAAGAUGUUGCCUUGGCUCAGGCUUACCUGCAGAAGGUGUAUGAGGCGCUUCAGGUGGCUCCAGGGAAGUUAGAGGAGUUUUUAGGAGUCCUGUCUGAGUUUGAGAGAGACCCAGAAAGUCACAGCUCUCUGGAGCUGCUGAGGAGACUCGAACCCGUGCUGAGUGACUGGCCUGAACUGCUUCGAGAUUUCGCUGCCUUCUUGCAUCCAGAUCAAGCCCAGGAGUGUGGCCUGCUGGCAGAGCAGCAGGCUUUUGAGCGAAGCAGGCGGUUUCUACGGCAACUAGAAGGUACUUUUGGAGAGCAGUCAGCCCUUUACAGAAAAGUUGUGUGCGUUCUGCAAGGGAGUCUAUCACAUGCUGGCUCCAAAGAGAUUCAAGCACAGAUAAAGUUAAUGUUUCGUGACCACACCGACUUGCUGGAGGAAUUCUGGGUAUAUUUUAGACAGCUUCAUCCUCAAGUGCAGAUGUGCUUUGAUGAGGAUGAUGAUGAUGCAAACAAUGAGUCCACAGUGCAGACUCUUAAGGACUCCAAAGGAAGCCAACCAUGUCGCCCCACCAUAACUCGCUCACCAGACAACAAAACUGCCAGUAAACGCAGGAUAAAGAGAGAUAAACAUCUCCAGAUGAGUGAAAUAAGGAAGCUCAAUGCAAAGAAUACUGUGUGCACUGAGAUGGAAAAAAUGGUAGAUGAAGAUUCUUCAGCAGACAAUAAGAAGUUGACCACAGAAGCCUCAGUAUGUGCCAAGAAUAGUUCACAUACCCCAAAUGGCAAAAAAGUAGUGCUCUGGACAAGGGAGGCCGAUCGUGUUAUACUCACCACCUGUCAACAGAGAGGAGCCAGAAUGGCAACCUUUCGUGCCAUUGCCGACCAACUGGGUAACAAAACGGCAACUGAGGUUUCAGAACGAUUUCAAGAUCUCAUCAAGUUGUUCCACAGAUCAAGCAAGUUACAUCACACAGGUCCAUCAUACACAGAGGAGCAUCCCAAUACAAUUGAAAAUGAACCAGACUGAGAAUAAAAACCUACUGAACUAUUUAAUUUGUGAUCAUAAAUGAGUGCAGGCUGGACCUGCCUUCUGAAGUUAUUUAUUUGCAAAAAUGGACACCAAUGUAGAUAUAUUUUCCUGAAAUACUUGAAGAAAGCAAAUAUCAUUUAGUAUUGAAGAAUCGAUGUUAUGUGUUAUAUAUGAAUGAUAUUGUAUGAAGUCUACAACUGUGAGGAAGAAUCGUGAUGAAGAUUUUUGCACUUUAAAAAUGUCUUUCAUGGUGAAGUAGCUGUUUAAUUAUUUUACAUUGUUUUUUGUUGUGGUUGUUGAAAAAAAUAUAUACAUUUGCCUUAAAAUCAAGAGGCGAGUCUAUUAUUGUUUUGUAAA